UCAAAGAGUGGCGGCUGUUGCGCUCUGUCGCUCCGCUCGUGCGCGUCUCUCCGCAGGCUUCCAUCGCACUCACCACCUCGCUGACGCUCCUCUGCUUCUCCUCUCCUGUUCCCCCUCGCCAUCAUGCCCAUCUCAUGCCGCCACUAGGCGCUGGACUCGGAAAGACCUUGGACGAAGCGAAGCUUGAUGAACAUGGCGUGCAUCGGGGACGCGGACCCUUUCACCGCCGCGAUACCUGCCACCAAAGUUGAGCUGACCGUCUCCUGCAGAAACUUGCUGGACAGAGACACAUUCUCCAAGUCUGAUCCAAUUUGCGUGCUGUACACGCAAGGGAUAGCCAACAGGGAGUGGAGAGAGUUUGGCCGGACAGAGGUCAUCGACAACACUUUAAACCCAGAUUUUGUCCGCAAAUUCAUCUUGGAUUACUUCUUUGAGGAACGUCAAAACCUGCGAUUCGACCUGUACGAUUUGGACUGCAAGAGUGACAACCUCUCCAAACAUGAUUUCCUCGGCCAGGCCUUCUGUACGUUAGGUGAGAUUGUUGGCUCGCUGGGAAGCCGCUUGGAAAAGCCUUUGAUGGGGAUUCCAGGAAAGAAAUGUGGCACCAUCAUUGUGAGAGCAGAGGAGCUAAGCAACUGCAGGGAAUCAGUGAUGCUGCAGUUUUGUGGCAACAAACUGGACAAGAAGGACUUCUUUGGGAAGUCGGAUCCGUUCCUGGUCUUCUACCGCAGCAACGAAGACGGAUCGUUUACAAUUUGCCACAAAACAGAAGUGGUGAAGAAUACUCUGGAUCCAGUGUGGCAGGCUUUUAAGAUUCCUGUCAGGGCGCUGUGCAACGGCGACUAUGACAGGAGUAUUAAGGUGGAGGUGUACGACUGGGACAGAGAUGGAGGUCAUGACUUCAUCGGCGAGUUCAGUACCAGCUACAGAGAAAUGUCCAGAAGUCAGUCACAGUUCCACAUAUAUGAGGUGCUCAAUCCGAAGAAAAAAGGAAAGAAGAAAAAGAAAUAUCACAACUCAGGAACAGUCACCUUGUUGUCCUGUUUGGUGGACACGGAGCUUUCUUUUCUGGAUUACAUCCGAGGCGGGACCCAGAUUAAUUUCACGGUGGCGAUCGAUUUCACGGCAUCAAACGGCAACCCCUCCCAGCCCACCUCAUUGCAUUACAUGAGUCCAUACCAGCUGAAUGACUAUGCCAUGGCGCUGAGGGCCGUCGGUGAGAUCAUCCAGGACUACGACAGUGAUAAGAUGUUUCCCGCGCUGGGCUUUGGCGCCAAACUUCCCCCCGAUGGACGUGUCUCUCAUGAGUUCGCCUUGAAUGGCAAUCCUCAGAACCCGUACUGCAACGGCAUCGAGGGCGUGAUGGAGGCGUAUUACCAGAGUCUCAAGUCGGUGCGCCUCUACGGUCCGACCCACUUCUCCCCUGUCAUUAACCAUGUGGCUAGGUACGCGUCAGCAGUGACAGACGGAUCCCAGUAUUUCAUCUUGCUCAUCAUCUCGGAUGGUGUCAUCACAGACAUGGCUCAGACCAAGGAGUCCAUCGUGAAUGCGGCAUCUCUGCCCAUGUCAAUAAUCAUAGUUGGAGUUGGACCAGCAGAGUUUGAUGAAAUGAUUGAGCUGGAUGGCGACGAGGAGAGGAUCUCAUCUCAAGGUCGAUACGCGGAGAGAGACAUCGUCCAGUUCGUCCCCUUCAGGGACUACAUUGACCGCAGAGGAAAUCACAUCCUCAGCAUGGCUCGACUGGCCAAGGAAGUGCUCGCCGAGAUCCCAGACCAGUUCCUGUCCUACAUGCGGACCCGUGGAAUCAAACCGGGCCCCCUCCCGCCCCCCUACACGCCCUGCCCCCCUCCAGCUCUGCACCCCUUACUGGCCCGACGGGUAAGCCGAAUCUAAGGCCUGGCACCUGCUCUCCUCCUCUGCUUCUUCUUCUUCCUUCUCCUCCACUGGAGAUUUUGAGCACUCAGCGAUUCUCGGCUGCUCCGUCUACUUGCACUCGGGAACAUAUUUGAGCGUGACGCAGGUAACCCAGAUGGGUCCCACGCCACAGUUUGAGGAAAGAGUUUCCUGCUUUGUGGUGGAAGGAUGGUGCCGGUGUCUAUGCACCCAGAAGAAUCAUCAGACCAAACCGCGGACAGAUGACACUGUUGUCUUCAUGUCUUUCUAUUUCCACUUCCACCAUCUUUCACAGUCUCUCUAUAUCAAUGUUUACGAUAUCUAUGAUGUUUUAUUUAUACUGAUCAAUGUGAAAAACGUAUAGAUUACUAUUUUUCGGCGGCAGAAAAGUGUGUGUGACUUUGUAUAAAGAACAGUUGUUUUUUUUUUUUAAGUACAUAUAGAUAUCUAAAUAAUUGGCGCAUGUGUUAGUUUCAAUGAAGCAUGCACUGUUUGUCCUGCACUCAGGGCUUCGUCCCUCCCUUGUUAAACCCCCCAUGACCCUCCACUCCACUCCAAACUCUGUCACACACACAACCUUAACUGCCACGUUCCAUUAAGAACCUGAAAUCUUCCCACCUCCUGCUCUGUCCACCUGCCUCGACUCCGGAGGCCAAAUCAAACGCAGCAGGGACUUGAACCAGCCUUACUCACUCGUCACUCACAGGCACCGUGUUCUGCAUGGCUUCUGGCAAAUGUGGGUCUCCUAGCCCAGACGUCAAAAACACACAUCUCACCAACCGAACCUAACUGUGUUUGUGUAUCUGUUUAUGGAGUCUAACAUUUUACUUUGUGUCUCUCUACCUCUCACUCUGCUUACUCUUGCCAAAAAUGUUCACGUAACAAAGUGUCAGUUGAUGUGUGAUUUUGUAUCAAUUGGCCUUGUCAAGUCUGAGAAAAUAUCCACACGUUCUUUGCCAAAAUGUUGCAAUAUAACUCUGGCACUGUGGUGCUGUCAGACCAGGUGACAGCACCCCUUCCAUAGUAACACACUGUGAAUAUGAGCACAGCUCAAAGUUAAUCAGCACAGCAAUGUUGUGUUUAUUCUCCAAAUAACAACAAAGAAAAUAUUUUAAACACUAAUUCAGUUCUGAAAUUUUUACACAUAAAAAGUUUUAAUCUCACAGGUGGGGAUUUUAUCUUCACACUGUAGGGAAGAAGAACCAUUGUACUCUUUUGGAUAAGUAAGUUAUAAAAUAUGAAGAAGUUUCAUGGGAAAUCUUAACUCAAUUUUCCUCAUAUCAAAGGCAAAAUGGGGUCUAAAACUUGCCCUGAGAAAUUCACAGUGUAAAAUUGAUUGAAGAGUUAUAGAAUUAUUCAUGUUUUAGUUUUUUUGGGGGGAAAAAACCAGAAUCACUCCCACACUACAGAGGGGUCAGUGUGUUACUGAGGAAGCCUAUUAUAAGAAUAGAGAACUAUAUCAUAAUUCCAAUGCUCAGAUUCUUAAAUAGAAACAAACAUGCUAAUGUAUGUGUUUAUGUAGUAAUGUCAGAGUGGACCAAAAGUUCAUGAACAAUUAACAAACAUGUUAAAUAGAUACCUUAAAAUCUUUGCGGCCACUUAAAAUAUGCCUUGAUGUCACUCAGACUGGCUUUCCGUGUAACCAUCAUUCCAGAGAAAGCAAUCUGAUGCGAUAUAGAAAAAUAAGAAAAUUCCAAUAUUGUUUUUUUUUCUACACAUUCUCCGUGUAGGAGGUGGCAAGAUCCUCCCAAAGGAAUGAUGAAGGAAAUGGCAUUUUGACAAGCUGUGGCUUCUACAUUCCACAUUUUCUUUUUACCAUUUUUGGUGGAGUUCUGCACCAGUUUGACCGGCGCUUGUGUAAACUGAAGAGCAUAUAGUGGAAUAUUCCUGGUUUCUCUGUCUUUUCAAAGAACAUGUAUUGACUCCCACACAGCGGUGCUCUUGCUCCUGGAUUUGUGUACACGGACAGCCAGUCUUGGAUGUUGACAAGUUCACAUGCAAUUGCCCGUCACAGUAGAAACAUGCUGCUGAAUUUAGACUGUAAUAUUUCUCCCAAUAUGUUCCAAAAGGUGACUAUUCCUAUCUCAAUCAAAGUCUCUUCUAAUGAACCGGUAACUGCACUGUCACUUUUAGCUAAACUUCAGGGUGUUUUCUGCCCAGUUAAGCUUGAAACAAAGCACAAAACGUUUCCAUGUCCGCAUAAGCUCGAGCCACUGUCUCAUCUUGUGCUUUGGUUCUUAUUUUUCUGGAAUUUUGAGAAGCAUUUCUUUGUCUGCCUGUGGAUCUCAUCUGUGCUAAUCAGGGCCCUAUUCAGUCAUCCGAGACCAAGUUUACCACUCCGUUUCCACGCCUCAAAAACAAUCAUAUCUCCGAUGGGGAAAUUGUAGAAAUGUAUUUGGGAGUUUGACACUGUAUAAAGCCUUUAUACUGGGGGUUUUGGAUCUGUACAUGUGCUGCUGCUUCUCUCACGGCUGAUGCCAGCUUUUAUACCUAGGCCUGUAAUCAUAUUUAAAUUAUGACUAACAGGCCUUAUUCGUGUUUAUACAUACGUUAUUCAUAUUUAAAUCAUGAACGACAGGCCUGUGUUUUUUAUUUUUAUUAUGAAUGCUUAUAAUACACUUUAUGUCCUUAUAUAUAUGAUAAACCGUAGUGGUAGCAGUAACUGUAGCGCUGACGGAUUCUGCUUGACUGAAUAGGGUCCGACAGUGUCAAGAAGGUGGCUUCUUUUGUACUGUUUAACUGGAGUGACUUUGGGAGUGUGUACUUGCACAUAUGUAGCAUCAGUUUUAAGAUUGACUGGCGCAACACCAGACUGCAGUCUUUUCCUUUUGUAUGUUUGUGUAAAUAUGAUGUACAUAGUGUGUUCUUCCGAUAUGCCAGGACUCUGUGACUCUCCUCCUGAAACACAAGACAGGGCCUUUCAUUUAUUCAUCACGACAAGUCCAUCUCACACCCACUCUCAUAUAUACAUCUAGUGUAUGUACUUGUGUAUGAAACAUGCAUGAUACUUACAUAACAAGGGCAGGGUUGUUGAAGAUGGUACGCUAUUCGAUGGAUGGUCCAUGAACGCCGUUUGAUGAAGGGAAUGUUCAGUUAUUUGAUGCAUGUACAACAUGACAUCGCUCACUGAACACGUUUUCUUACUAGGAUAUAGAGCAUUUCUUUCAUAUAUACAUAUAUGAAAAAAAGGGGGAAACAAAUUUUAUAUAUAUAUAUA